AUGCACCAUUCGAAAGACGACCCCUCUGACUCGGUGCACUGUGCCGGCCAGACCCGUCGCAGCACCCGCUUUUGGCACAUAGCCCGCGCUUGGUACUUCUUCCCUCUCCAUGCCAUCAUUGUCAUCGUCCUGGCUGUUGUCGCCCUGGUCAGUCUUGAUGGCCAGACCUUCCCCACCUCGUCGAAUGCUCCUUUCGGCUCAACCAUCACCCACAUGUUCCAGGGUAAGCUUCGCCAGGCAGACGUCACCACCUUGGUCUCAGCCGCCCUGGUGCUUGUGCGCCUCACCCUCAAUGUCUGUUCCAGCAUCGCCGCACAGAGGUCCAUUUUCAUUCUCCUAGAGAAGUGCGGCCUCUCCUUGCGGGAGAUCGAGCGCAUCUUCUGCUACGGAUACGGCCCUUUUAGGACCAAUGCCUUCGGACUCGCCACCAUGCUCCUGCUCCUGCUCCUCAUUCCCGCCCAGCUGAGUGCCCCUCUUGCCCAGGGAGCGCUCUCUUGGGAGCCCCAGUUGACUUUGAGGCAUGCCGACUACAAUGUCACCCUCAACGUAGCCGGCCCUGGCCCCGCCUUCGCUGAGUUCAAGGACCACAACGAACCCCGGGACUUUUCCAUCAAAAGGGCUUCUGGGCUUGCUGUCAUCCAUCGCUUUGGCCCAGACUUCUACUCAGUGCUCGACUCGGAUAAGAAAGUGCCGAGCAGACGCUGGGCCCCAGCCUUCAGAGAACACGAGCUUUCCAACCAGACCAAGGGCUAUCAAGCACUCCCGACGAACACGAGCAUCGGCAACACCACGCUCCCCUUCUUCCGUAUGAGCAACCUGACCUGGAUCGACUACGACGACAGCCUCGAGCAUUACCUGGCGUGGGACAAUGGCCUGUUCAACGUCACCGACCCCAUGAACCCCCUCCGCGCCUCUCUCCCGGGCAACGCCGCCAUCCUACGCGACUCACCCAUCCACAGCUGGAUAUCCACCUGGCCCAACGCCACGCUCCUCAACGCCACCUUCACCAUCGCCGUCCUCGCCGCGCGCCUGCCCUCGGCCGACGCGCCCACCGCCUGCCCCGCCACGAGCAGCGCCUUCGGCACCCUCCCAAACACCAAGCCCUACACCGCCGUCGGCCCCACCAACUUCACCAACUGCUACCUCUUCGCCACCGCCUCCGUCCUCGCCGGCACGACCCAAUGCCUCGACUGCCCCAUCAUCUCCCCCGGCGUCGUCGAGCGCGCCGGCAACGCCACCUCCCCCUUCGCCCCCUCCCCCGACCCCCUCCUCCCCCUCGUCAUGGGCAUGCUCCCCGAAACGAUGCUCAGCAUCGUCACCGGCAACGCCACCUACGCCCCCACCCACGCCAACCUCGCCGGCUUCCUCGCCGGCGCCUUCUCCGCCGCCUACCAAGCCUCCUGGAACGACCUCACCGACCGCCUCGCCCUCGCCCCGACAAACACACCCAUCAACGCCGCCACGUCCGCCGCAGCCGCAACGUCCAACUACUCCUUACCCCUCUACCCCCUCCGCGCCGCCGUCGACGCCCAACGCAUCCGCACCUGGCUCGCCCUCCACCUGCUCGUCCCCGUCGCCGCGGCCCUGCUGGCCGUCUUGCAAACUCGUUGCCGCGCCGAGCCGGUGGUCGAUUUCGCGGCUGCGUGUCUGUUGACGGACGCGCUGCCCGUCGUGCGCGCGGCGGAGGCGGCGGGCGUGCGGACGGCGGCGCGGGUGGAGGGGGCGCAGAGCAGGCGGGUGGGGAGGGUGGUGGUGAGGGAGGAGGGGGGCGGUGGGCUUGGUGGGCUUGGCGGUGGUGGAGGGGCGAGGUUUAGGGUGUUGAGGCGGGAGAAGGAUGGGGCGGAUAAGUUUGGAGAGGGCGGUGGGUAUAACUGGGGGGGUAUACGCGGGCGGAGGGCGGCGAGGAAGAGGGAGUCGUGGGGCGAUUUGCCGCUGUUGUCUGGCGGGGCGUCGACGGUUUAUGAGCCGGUGUCUGAGGAGUCGGUGAAUAGGACUGAGACUGGGACUGGGACUGGUCAGCAGGGCCAGGGCCUUUUGCAUACGCCGCAUACGGGGUCGAGUUGGCAGUCUUCGCCGGGGUUUGCGCGGUAG